CGGCCACUCGUUGAAUGGGAGGGGUUAUGCGGUGACUUCCCCUGGGCUUUAGUUUCUCCGCCCUCCGUAAAGGAAAAUGGCGGACGAAAAGCAGACAGACGAUCAGCUCGUAAAUGACGGAGGACCUGAAGAGAAGGAAGACAAAGAUGUGAAAACUAAGACACUCUCUUCCAGCAAUGGAGGAGAGUGCGCAGGCCGAAGCGCGGACAAGCGUUCGGCGGAUGAGGAAGCAGGAGAUUCCAAUGCUCAGCCAGCUCCACCGAAAGUCUGCAAAACUGGAUUUGCCGUUAAAAUUUCUGCAUCAAAGAAGCCCGCUCCAAUCUCCAUCAAGCUAGGAGCUAAUAAACCUAAAGAGACUGUUCCAAAUUUGCCUGUAAAGAAGCCAAUGUUAGCAGCUGUGUUUAAUGAUGAUGAUGAUAGUGAACCAGAAGAAAUGCCACCAGAAGCAAAAAUGAGAAUGAAAAAUAUUGGCAGAGAUACUCCUACAUCUGCUGGACCCAACUCAUUUAACAAGGGGAAGCAUGGAUUUUCAGAUCACCAAAAGUUAUGGGAAAGAAAACUUAAAAAACAGAUGGAUAAAGUGCCCCAAGAAUAAGAGAAGCAUCACACUGGAGGACAUUUUGGAUUGGAUACCGUCUCCCUGCCUCCAUGACCCACCCAUAGUCACAUUUAAAAUGCAAAUUUGAUUAAUUGAAAUUAUGUAAAUACAUAAAGACUUUAUUAUUACCUAGUUUCUUGUUGGAUGCUGUUGAUACAUCAUAUGGAUAAUAUUUCAGUUGCAACUCACAAGGCUUAGAUUUUACAUUGAAUGGUUAUGAUUUAUAGACACACUCAUCUGCAAUUGUCCAUGCUACCAAGUUCCAUAAAUGCAGUAA